CCGAGAGAGAAUCUAAACCCCCGCUACCCAAUCAAAUUACCAAUUUACCCCCAACAAAUGCCCUGUUGAACCGUACUCCAGCACCAUACCAGUAGCUUCCACCGCCGGCGCCAGCUUCCUCUCUUUAGGUUCCCUUCUUCUCCGGCACCGCCACCAGUUUCUCCAGUUUUCUUCGUGAUUUCGUGAGAAAAAUGGGAAAGCUGGGAAAGAAAGCCAGGAAAUUUGCCAAGAAGAAUCUUCAGUCCGUGCUCAAGCGAAAGCGAAAAUUGAACUCUAUGUUUAAAAGGAAAGCUGCCAAAAAUGAGCAGAGUGCCCCUGAGGACCCUGACGAGAAGAAGAUAGAACAGCCUAACGAAAGAAUUCAUGAAGUUGAAGAUGUAAAUGAAGUUUCCCUUGAGGCAAUAUUCGGUGAGGAUGACAGUGAUGUGGCCGAUGAUGACUCAGAAAGUGAUGGAUAUCUCUCCGAGGUUGGGGACUCUGACUGCAGAUUUAUGGCUGAAAGUGAAGGAGAGGGUUAUCUAAAAGAGGACAAAAACAGUGGUGCUCUGUCAUCACAUAAUAAGGAAAUUCAGUUAAACCUCACAAAGAAAAAGAAGAAACUGGACAGGCUGAAAGAAAAGGAUCCUGGAUUUUCCAAGUUUCUGGAAAGCUAUGAUGACAGCCCUAGGAAAUUUAGAUACGAGGAUAACUACUCCGAUGACGUUCGCACCAGUAAUGGCAUCAUGGAGUGCGUGAAUGACAAUGGCUCAAAUUCAGCUGAGUAUAAAUUGCUGACUAGCUCUGCCUUUAUUUCUUGGUGUCAACUAGUUACAGAGCAGCAUUCUGUGCCAGCACUUAUUUGUUUGUUAAAUGGGUAUCGUGCUGCGUGUCAUUUUGGAAAUGACUCAUCUGGUCUUCUUGAAUCUGGCUUAUGUUAUGGAAUUGAAGACAGCAAGAUAUUUUGUGAGAUUUUGCUGUUCAUGCUUCAGAAGGCUGAUAGUAUAUUUCGGGGUAUUCUAGGGGUAUCGGACACCAGUUGCAGGAAGGAGAAAAUUUUAGAGUUGAAGAAUAGUACAAAAUGGAAAACUUUGAAGCCACUGAUCAAGUCUUAUUUUAGGAGUACCUUGUUUCUCUUGAAUCAGGUUACUGAUUCAGAGAUUUUGGCCUUUUCCUUAACCAGACUUAGAGCUUCUAUUAUAUUUUUUGCUGCAUAUCCUUAUUUGCUCCACAGAUUUAUCAAGAUUGCAAUUCAUUUGUGGACAACAGGUGAAGGGACUCUAUCUUCACACGCCUUUCUCAUCAUAAAAGAUGUGGCUACAGUUUUCAGCUCAGAAUGCUACGACACCUGUUUGAUUAAAGUAUAUAAAUCAUUCAUUGGAAACUGCAGACUUGUAGACCCGAAUUUAGCCAAGCACAUACAGUUUCUUAGGGACUCCCUUGUGGAGUUAUGCUCAUUAGAUGUACAGAGAGCUUAUAACAGAGCAGCAGCUUCUAUCCAACAACUUGGUAAGAUUUUGCAGCUGGGUCAAGGGACAAAGAAGAAGGAAGCUGUGAAGAGGAUAUGCAGUUGGCAGUACACUAGCUGUAUUGAUCUUUGGGUUUCAUUUAUAUCAAUUAAUAUUCGAGAUUAUGAUCUACAGCCACUGCUUUAUAUGACCAUUCAGGUUAUAAAUGGAGUGGCUCGCCUAUUUCCUGGACCAAGAUAUUUGCCUCUAAGGCUUAAAUGCAUUCAGUGGCUAAAUCAUCUUUCUAGUUCUAAUGGAAUUUUCAUUCCUGUUGCAUCUUUGGUGUUGGAUAUCUUGGAGUAUAAACUUACCAAGGAGGGUGGUAAGCCCGGAAAGGAGCUUGAGGUCUCAUCAGCCAUGAAGUUGCCAAAACAUUGGUUGAAAUCUCGGAACUUCCAAGAAGCUUGUGUCUUUUCUGCCAUUGAACUGCUUGCUGUGCACUUUGCUCAAUGGAGUUACCACAUAUCUUUUCCUGAGCUUGCAACUAUUCCAGUCAUACGACUGAGGAAGUUUCAUGACAUAACAACUACCGAGAGUUUCCGGCGAGCUGUAAAGCGUCUUAUUGACCAGGUGGAGCAGAAUGUUGAAUUUGUUAGAAAGAGGAGAGAUGAGGUAGCUUUUUCACCAAAAGAUCAGCAAUCUGUUGAAUCAUUUCUCCAGCUUGAAAAGUGCAAUGGAAAUGCUCCUUUUACACAUUAUUACAGAAGCAUCAUAGAAAAGGCUGCUUCUAGCAAUCUGAUUAUAAGUGAAAAAUUAAGCUCCACAAAGCAGAAGAAUUCAAGGAGAAAGCAUGAACUUGCUAGCAAUGUGAUAGGUAUCACUGUAAAUGGUGGAGUUCCAAAGAAACAAGUGGCUUUGUAAUGGAGGACAUGAAAAUAUGAGAAA